AUGAAUAGGACCGUGGCUUUCAGCACAGUGAUCCUACCCCAAAGAAACUGGAGUCUCCCAUAUCAUCUUCUCCGCUGUCAGAACACUACGGACCUGACCAUCUUUCUGGCCACCUCGUAUAGUUUGGAGACUGUCUUGGGAAUUCUAGGAAACACGUGCUUGAUGGGGAUCCUCGCCAGGCAGAAGGAAAAAGCCACCGCCACCAACGUUCUGAUCACCAAUCUGAUUGCUUCAGAGUUGCUCAUGUGCAUCUUCUGCCUGCCCUUCACUGUCGUCACCAUCUUGUUGAACUACUGGGUAUUUGGGGCGGCCAUGUGCAAGAUGACCAACUUUAUCCAGUGCACGUCCAUGACGGUGUCCAUCCUGUCUCUCGUCCUCAUCGCCGUCGAAAGGCACCAGCUCAUCCUCAACCCCACGGGCUGGAGGCCCGGCUUCUCCCAAGCCUACCAGGGCAUCGCGGCCACUUGGAUCUUUGCUUCUCUCUUGUCCCUGCCAUUCGUGACCAACUCGACCCUGAGAGUCGGCGCCUUCAAGUGGUACGCCGGCAUUGUGGACACGUAUGCGGAUAAGGCCAUCUGCACUUGCCUCUGGUCUUCCGAGGAGUACAGGCUCGCCUACGCCACAGUUCUGAUGCUGCUACAGUAUUGCGUCCCCCUUGCCGCCAUCCUGGUGUGCUACCUGCGCAUCUACCUUCGCCUCCAGAAGAGAAAGGGCAUGUUUGAGAAGAGUGAGCCCAGCCGCCGGACGAUCCACUUGACGCACAUUAAUCUCUUGCUGGCUGUCAUGGUGGCUGCCUUUGCCAUCUGCUGGCUGCCGUUGCAUGUUUUCAAUGGCAUCAACGACUGGGACUACAAACUCAUCUCCCACUGCCUCCACGACUUGAUCUUCUCGCUGUGCCACCUGACCGGCAUGGCUUCGGCCUGCGUCAACCCCAUCAUUUACGGCUUUCUGAACAAAAACUUCAAGAAGGAAGUGAAGGCCCUGCUCCUCAGUUGCCGCCGCCGCCCUUCGGAGCAAGAAUACGAGCAUCUACCUCUGCCGACCGUGCAGACGGAGGCCUCGAGGGCUUCCCUGAAGCUAAGCGGUCAGCAGGAUCCCAUCUAG